UCCCAUCCCAUCCCUAGCUUGAAAACAGACCGUGAAAAACCCUCUUUCCUUCAAACACACUGAAUUCCUUAAAACCCCACCAUUUUCAUUCUUCAGAGAGCAAGCAAUCCAGCCAGGAAGGAGAGAGAAAAUGGGAAGAAGAAUACUCAACGAUGCACUUCGAACCAUUGUUAACGCAGAGAAGAGAAACAAAGCCACCGCUGAACUCCAACCCAUUUCUACUGUCAUGUGCUCCUUUCUCCGCAUCAUGAAAAAUCGAGGGUAUAUCAAAGAUUUUCAAGUUCAUGAUCCGCAUAGAGUUGGGAGGGCCACUGUGGAACUUCUAGGACGGGUGAAUGACUGCAAAGCUCUCACUUACAGACAGGACUUGAAAGCAAAGGAGGUUGACAAGUACAGAUUGCAGACUCUCCCAACACGACAGUGGGGAUACGUUGUAAUUACAACUCCAAACGGUGUCCUGGACCAUGAAGAGGCCAUCAAACAAAAUGUGGGCGGUCAAGUUCUUGGUUAUUUUCAUUGAUCACAAACUUUUCAUGGCUUCUGUAUCCGUUUUUAACAAGGUUGCACGGAACUAAUUCUCCAAACUACUCAAUCACGUCAUUUUCGUGUUUGAAAAUGCAAACAAACUAGAAUUUGUCUCCAAAGAUCAUGUAUUCUUUGCUGACAAGUCUUGUAUGCUUUAAAAUUCUGCAUAUAGCUUAUUCAUUUCCCCAAAUUUGUCUCCACAUAUACAAUUAACUGUAUGCAGAAAUUUAAGGUGUUUUUUUUUGAUGUAAUACUAAUACAGCAACCCGUUUAAUUCACUAAAAA